CACCCGGCCGCCGGGCCCAGGCAGACGACACCGCCCGCGGCCGGGCACGCACCGCGCGCACACACUCUCCAAACAAUGCUCCGAGGCGCCCGGCGGGGCGGCUGGCGGCUCGGAGACCAGCGGCGAGGCCGGGGGAGCGCGGCCCCGAGGAAGCCGCCCUGUGAGCCCCAUCCGCCUCCCCUGAGACCACGCCAGGGAGCCAGGCGCAAGAUGAACCAGCACCCCGCCCGCUGCUCAAGAUGCACCAGACCAUCCCAGUGAACCUCGAGCGCCCGAAAAUGUCUGCGUGCAGCGACUUUGUGGAGCACAUCUGGAAGCCCGGGUCCUGCAAAAACUGCUUCUGCCUGCGCACCGACCACCAGCUGGCACCUGGCCGCCCCCAGCCCCGAGCCGGCAGCCUGCCCCCUCCGCCUCGCCUGCCCCCCAGGCCCGAGAGCGGCCGCCCGGAAGAUGAAGGCCUGAGCAGCUCACCCUACUCCAAGCCCACCAUUGCCGUGAAGCCCACCAUGAUGAGCUCCGAAGCCUCCGAUGGGUGGACAGAGGCUGGCGUGAGUGCCGACGUCGCGCAGGUCAUCUGGAGACGAGCCCCCGGCAAGCUCCCCCUCCCGAAGCAGGAAGAUGUGCCAGUAGUUUACCUGGGCAGCUUCCGAGGCGUCCAGAAGCCUGCUGGGCCCUUGGCCCCGGCAGACGGGGGGCACCCUCGCUGCCCCCCUGCCUACGCCAUGGUCGGCCUGCACAGCCUAGAGCCCCGGGGGGAACGGAGUGUCGCCUUCCACCCAGUGAGCUUCCCCGAUGAGAAGCUUGGACGGGAAGAUAAACCCACGAUUCCCUACCAAGAGCUGACCUCCCCUCAGGAGAGCUUCCGCCAGAAACUGGCUGCCUUUGCUGAGAUGACAUCUGGCUGCCACAAGGGCCCCAGGCCCUACCCCUCUGCACUGCCCCUGCGGGAAUCCCUGCCCUCGGAGGAUGACAGCGAUCAAAGGUGCUCGCCCUCGGGGGACAGCGAAGGGGGAGAAUACUGCUCCAUCCUGGACUGCUGCCCUGGGGGCCCAGGUGGUCAGGACGCCUCACAGGCCGCGGACCCCGGGCGCAGACAGGGCUGCGGGGACUGCUCGCCGGCCUGCUGGGAGCAGGGGGUGUGCGCGAAGCCAACCGAGGAGGAGAGGCGGGCCUUGAGCGUCCCCAGGGAGUGCCGCAGCCAGGGCCCGACAGAGAACCCACCCCGCCUGGGCCCCAAGAAGCAGUCCCUCACCUCAGAGGCCGCCAGCUCCUCGGAUGGCCUCUCCUGCGGGAGUGCUAGUAGCCGCGCCAGCAGCCCCUUGGUCCCCCAGCACGAGAGCGAUUACUGCUCCCUCAUGAAGGCACCUGGGCCGGGGAAGCCUCAGGACUCUGGCUGCCACGGGGUGGCCUCCAGCAGGUGCCUGGGGCUGACUGGGGAGCCCCAUGCCCCAGCCCACCCCGGGGAGACUGCACAGCCUGAACCCAUCUAUGCUGAGAGCACCAAGAGGAAGAAGGCUGUUCCAGUGCCUUCCAGGCCACAGGCCAAGGCAGAACAGGCGGCAGCUGCCCAGGGCCAGGGCCAGGUGAGGAUGGCUAACACCUGGGCUCAGAAAACAGCGUCUGGCUGGGGCCAGGACAGGGAAGGCCCAGAGGUGGCCCCCCAGGUGGCGGCCACCAUCACAGUCAUGGCGGCCCACCCAGAAGAAGACCACCGGACAAUCUACCUGAGCAGCCCCGACUCCUCGGUGGGGGUGCAGUGGCCUCGCGGGCCCCUGAGCCAGGCCCCUGAGGCAGGCGAAGGGGAGCCUUCGGCCGGGCAGGGGCUCAGCUCUAGGGAGAGCCGCCAUCACGGUGCCAGUGAGAGCACGCCCAAGGGGAGGCCUGCCAUCCCUCCCAAGCUGUCCAAGAGUAGCCCCGGAGGGUCCCCGGUGUCCCCAUCGGCCUCCCCCAAGUCCAGCCUCAGCGAAGGCAACUCGGGUGUCACUGGGCCCCAGCCUCCAUCCAGGGGCCCCGCUGACCCUGCUUCCUCCUGCCGGGCCAACGGCGUCCCUGCCAGCGACUCUGCCAGGGGCCCUCCGCCGGCCACUGCCGCGUCAGCCUUGGACCAGAGGCGGCCCCGGUACCAGACCGGCGCCUGGAGCCGCCAGUGCCGGAUAGAGGAAGAGGAGGAGGUGGAGCAGGACUUGCUGAGUCAAAGCUGGGGGAGGGAGGCGGACAAUGGCCCCGCGGACCCAUGCAGCUCCUCCACCUGGCACCGCCUCCGCCCCACAGAUGGCUCCUCUGGGCAGAAGAGCAAAGCCGGGACCGGGAUGAGCAAAUCGGCCUCGUUUGCCUUUGAGUUCCCCAAGGACAAAAGUGGGAUCGAGGCAUUCUCGCCUCCCCCGCCACCUCCAAAGUCACGGCACCUGUUAAAAAUGAACAAGAGCAGCUCUGAUUUGGAGAAGGUGAGCCAGGGCUCUGCUGAGAGCCUCAGCCCAUCCUUCAGGGGCGUCCACGUCAGCUUCACCACGGGCUCCACGGACAGCCUGGCCUCCGACUCCAGGACCUGCAGCGACGGAGUUAUACACAGCGCAUCCGCAUGGCAGCAAGGUGGGAGGAGGCUGAAGUCGGAAGCAUAUCGAAAGACUCCUGAUUCCUUGGGUAAUGAGACAUCUGUGUAUAGAUUCCUGCUAUCCUUAAAGAUUGAAAAGUUUUCCAGCGGCAGCUUGUGGGAACUAGAGAUAGAGGAACAGUGGAAGCAAGAUAACCAUCUGCCUAGAGGUCCAUCAUCUGAGCCGACUCACUCGCCCACCAGCAGUGGGAAGGAGCUCUUCAGCCCUGUCCCCUUCCCUUCGGGCUCCACUGAGGAUGUGUCCCCCGGUGGCGCCCUGCAGCCCCCGCCUCUCCCCCAGAAGAAGCUAGUGAGCCGGGCGGCCUCUUCCCCGGAUGGCCUCUUCUGGACCCAAGGCUCCCCCAAGCCAAGAACAGCAGCUCCCAAGCUGAACCUCAGCCACUCGGAAACCAACGUCUGUGUCCAUGACGAGUCCCACUUCAGCUACUCCUCAGGCCCCGGCAGCCGCCACCAGCACAUCUUCUCUGCUUCCGAGCCUCUGGAGAAAACGUUCAAAGACAGUGGCCCCUGGGGCCCAGCGCCAGGGCUGGCGGGCAGCCAGAGCCUGCAGGGCAAAGGGGUGUCCUCGGCCUCGGCCUCCCAGCUCAGCGUGUCCAGCCAGGCCUCGGCGGGCAGCGCCCAGCUGCAGCUCCACAGCCUCCUGAGCAGCAUCAGCAGCAAGGAGGGCACCUACACCAAGCUGGGAGGGCUCUACGCCCAGUCCCUGGUCCGCCUCGUGGCCAGGUGCGAGGACCUCUUCAUGGGCAGCCAGAAAAAGGGGCUGCACUUCAGCGAGAAUAACUGGUCCCUGUUCAAGCUGGCCUGUAACAAGCCCUGCUGCGACUCAGGGGAUGCCAUUUAUUACUGUGCCACCUGCUCCGAGGACCCCGGCAGCACCUACGCUGUGAAAAUCUGCAAAACCCCUGAGCCCAAAGCAGCCUCAUACUGCAGCCCUUCCGUGCCCGUGCACUUCAACAUCCAGCAGGACUGCGGCCACUUUGUCGCCUCGGUGCCCUCCAGCAUGCUCACCUCUCCCGAUGCGCCCAAGGACCCCCUGUCUGCCCUGCCUUCACAUCCCCCCGCCCAGGAGCAGGACUGCGUGGUGGUCAUCACCCGAGAGGUACCCCACCAGACCGCCUCGGACUUCGUGCAAGACUCAGCCGCCAGCCACCAGUCUGAGCCCGAGGUUUACGAGCGGCGCGUGUGCUUCCUGCUUCUGCAGCUCUGCAACGGGCUGGAGCACCUGAAGGAGCACGGGAUCAUCCACCGGGACCUGUGCCUGGAGAACCUGCUGCUGGUGCACUGCGCCCCGCAGGCCUCCCCGGACCCCUCCUCCGCCACCUCCUGGGCCCCUCCCACCACCAUACCCCCUGCCCCUGCCGCUACCCCCUCCUCUUGCCCCUCUGCCGCCCUCCCAGCCGGCGUCACCCCGACCCCUCCGGCUGGCCCCGCCUGUCAGGGAGGGCCCGGCGAGAAGCACUUGCCCCGACUCAUCAUCAGCAACUUCCUGAAGGCCAAGCAGAAGCCGGGCGGUACCACCAACCUGCAGCAGAAAAAGAGCCAGGCCCGCCUGGCCCCAGAGAUCGUGUCUGCCUCCCAGUACCGCAAGUUCGACGAGUUCCAGACGGGCAUCCUCAUUUACGAGCUGCUCCACCAGCCCAACCCGUUCGAGGUGCGGGCCCAGCUGCGGGAGCAGGACUACCGGCAGGAGGACCUGCCCCCGCUGCCCGCGCUGUCCCUCUACUCGCCGGGCCUGCAGCGGCUCGCGCACCUGCUGCUGCAGGCCGACCCCAUCAAGCGCAUCCGCAUCGGCGAGGCCAAGCGCGUGCUGCAGUGCCUCCUGUGGGGACCCCGGCGCGAGCUGGUGGAGCAGCCGGGCCCCUCGGAGGAGGUGCUGUGCGCCACGCUCAGCAACUGGAUCGACAUGAAGCGGGCCCUGAUGAUGAUGAAGUUCGCCGAGAAGGCGGUGGACCGCCGGCGCGGGGUGGAGCUGGAGGACUGGCUCUGCUGCCAGUAUCUGGCGUCGGCGGAGCCCGGAGCUCUCUUACAAUCGCUGAAGCUCCUGCAGCUUCUGUGAGGCGGCCCCCGGCCCCCGCGCUGCCCGCAGCCCCGCCCUGCCUUGCCUUGGAAACAUCUGUGUCUCCUGGGAAAUGGUACAAAUGACUGUUGUACUUGGAUGUAAUAUAUAUAUCAUGUGUUAUAUAUAUACGUAAGAUAUAAAUACAAAAGACUGAGGAUGUCACUGCCCACCCUGGUCUGGCCUCCUCUCCUUCCCUAGUCUUGAAGUUUUCCCCUGCAAUUAUGUACAUUUCUAGCUUAUUGCAAGGUCCUGAGGACAGUGUGGCCAGCAGAGUGAAGCCUGGACUCUGGUCUCACUACCCCAUUAUGGGAUCUCUUUACCCUCUUGUCAAGUGGCUAUUUAAAAAAAAAAAAAAAAACCUCCAUUUUUAAUUAAAAUUUUCGGUUGACUCAUGAGUAAACCUCUUUUAUCCUCAAGUGCCCAAGUGCGUUAAUACCUUUGGUGGGUAAAAUUGUUUUUAAGCCCCUGAAGCAGUGGCUUCAAGACCACUUGAACUGUCCUCUAUCUUACCCUUCUCGUAAGAUAGAGCAACAGGCCGCGAGGGCCCCAGGCAUGCGGAGACCAGUUAAUCUUCCCUGCUCUCUCCCCACCUAACAAGUCUCUUAGGAAGAAUCCAGGCACAGCUCUGGUGUGAUCCCAGAAUUUCAGAAUUGAAUCCCACUGCUUGAAGCCCAUUUCCAGUUUGCUAAAGCUGGUUGUCAUUUGUAUCAGAAGCCUGGCUCAAAGCAGAAGCCACCCCAGAUGGUUCAAAUGACAAGACCUUAACAGGGGACCGCCUAGAGAGUUGUGGGCAGGGUUAAGAGAAAAACAAAGGAUGAUGAGGCAAAAGCAAGGGCAGGAAUGGGGAGGAUUCACUCAACCUGUUUCCCACCUGUCAUCCCUAGGCCAAGACCAGUGAGAUGCCAGACAGCAAGGGGGCCUGGGUGAUACCGUCUGCAGGACUGGCCUCCCUGGGCAGGGUCGAGAAGAAUGGAUGGAGGGCUAGGUGGAAAACAGCCCACUGUUACUGCUGUCCUAGAUAAGGACAGGGCAAGAAUAGAACUCCGGUGUUCCCACUUUCAGACCGCUAGGCCCCCUGCUGUUCUAAGCUCCUUUGGGUUUCCAUUUUCAAAAACUCAUUCAAAAUACUUUAAAAAUACUCAAAGAAAAUUAGGAAGCAGCAGAUCUUUCCUCCUCAAAACUAGACUCACAAGAAGUCACUAAAUACUCAUUUGAAGGGAAACAGCCCAAGACCCUUGUAUUUCUACCUAAAGAGUAAUCUUCCAACAUGUGAACUAAUUUCUCAAACCUUGUUAAUAGCUAUGGACAAUUUUAAAACAAAUGCAAAGAUCUUAAUGAAUGUCCUAGAAAUCUAGGAAUGUGGCUAGCAACCAGGAUGGGGAAAUCUCCCAGGUCACCUUCUGCAUAUUAACUUCACUCCUUUUACAAGCCUUCCAGCCUGGGACUCCAGGUAAACACACCUACACUUCCAAGCAUCUGAGGUGAAACCUGGGGCUUCAGGGCACAUUUGUCAUUCAACUGUUGCUUGAGCAUUGAGGGAAGAAGUGGCUAAAACCAACUUCCAACUAUGUUUGUACAAGAGAAAGAGUUUUGAACAUGGAAAUCAUAAUUCUCCAUAGGACCUGUCUGUUUCAGGGGGUAUUAUUUUGUCAGUUGUUUCUUCCUGGGAAUUUUCCUGGCAAACCCUCUGAAUUCGAUUUGCUGUCUUUUGCUUUCUUGUUCUUUCUCACUUCAAAUAAAUAAACAAUGGAGAGGGAGGAAACAAAUAUUCUGCCAGGGGAAUGCAGUGCUAUUUGGAAAUAAACGUCUCAAGAGGCACAUUUUAAACCUCUGAAUUAAUUGCACCUUUUUUAUAUGCCACCCACUUCAGGAAAAAAAAAAAAAAACAACUGAGAUGGUAGAAAAGGUUUUAGGAACCAAAAUGAACCCAAAAAUAAAGGUGGAAAGAAAAGGAACUAUAGCAAUAAAUUCUAAUUGAGAAGAAUGAUAGCGAUCAAACAUAAAACUUACUUCUGAGCUGUCCACCAACCUAGAAAAGUAGAAAACAACCGGUUGCAGAAUUCGUGUAAUUUUAGGAAACUGUUCAUUGGGAGGAACAAACAUUUUCCUGGUGCUUGGUUUUGAAGGGACUUUGCCAAGGAUUUCCUUGUUUGAAGGCAUCGAAUAAUGUUCCCAAUAGCACAUAUACAAAAUAACAUUUUUCUAGAUAGGGAAAUUUUUUCUAUCCACAGUUGGUGAAAUCCAAGUGUGGAGUGUUCAGGCCUCUUUUCAUCGAGGUAGUUCUGCAGGGCACUGGCCACCCACUCAUCCCCAUGGAUCCACCUCUUCUGUGAACAGUAAGUCACGUGGCUACAAAUAUUAGCUUUGGCAAACAGCUUCAUUCACACAAAAUUCAGGGGCUCGAUAUAACUGGUUUUUUGUUACCCCAAAUACACCUGGGAUGCAUGGCUUUACCUCACAGAAAGUUCAAGCACCGAAUGGAUUAAGUCCAGAAACAAAAGUUUCUUCCACGGACUGAGGUUCAGAAAUAAGCAGGGACCUUUAUAUGAUGACAGUCUCGUAACAUAUGGCUAUUUCAUAGUUCUGUUAUCUGUGAGUUCAUCUCCUUUUUUUCUUGGCUUUAGACCCAACUACUGGUAUUUAAAUCUCCAGGGUUUUUUCCCUCCAACUCUGAGUCAAGUCGUCCCCAUAUCCUUUCCACAUUGUAAUUUGGGUUGUUAACGGCCUUUCCCUUUCUCAUGCCAAGAUGUGGAAUCGUUCUCUUUCCUGUAGGCGUUACGAAGCAGGCAUCUAAAUUAUUAUAUCCUUGCCAGAAGCAAGAUAAGCACUUCAGGGAUGAUUUAUUUAUCAAAACACAUGGCUCAGAUCUAAAAAGACAGGGCUCUGGGGAGCUGUAGUUAUCACUGUGUGACAUGUCCUGGUUUUCAAAGGCUUGGGGCUGGAAAAAGCUCUUUUGUGAUGCACACAUGUACACAAAACAGUUAUGAAGAUUUUGAAGAGGGAAGACACACGUUACUUUAAUGACUUCUCUGAAAUGUGUUCUUUAAAUAUACAGCCAAUAAAGGAAGCAGCCCUUUCCCACUCUGAUGAAUGUCUAUAAAUCUUUGAAGAUCUAAGGAUAAGCUCAUUAAAUCUCAUUAAAAUAGUAGAUUUAUAACAUAAAAUCUGCUUGGCAUAUUUAAUAGAGGGUGAGGUAAAUGGAAUUGAUUUAUUAGAAACCAAAAUUUAAACCAACUGCUGUCAUUGCUAAAAAUAAAAGACAAGAAUAAAACAUCUGGGGUAAGGUCUAUGGGACAAAAGUCUUGACAAAUUACUCUUUCCUUCUCUUUUCCAAUGCUAAUUAUGUGGUUAAUGACAGUCAAGGAAACCUACUCCAGGCAAGAGAUGUCUUCGGAGGACCUGUGCCCUGGAAAGG